GCAGCAAACUGCCACAGCUAUAUCAGCUCCCUGUCUAUCGCACUCCAACUGCAAUACUCAUUAGCCUGCUAGGGCCUCACUCGCACUCUACCCUUUCAUCCCACCCAAUUGCGGAGCAAUGUCCGCCAUCCAGCCCAUCACGGGUAUGCUCCGUCGGGGCCUUGUGCUGGAUCUCAGCACUGCGUUCGGCCUCGGAACCACUUUCGGCUACCUAUUCUGGUACGGCUACCACCUCCCCCGCGUCCGGGCCCGUGACCGCCUCUACGCCCGCCUCGAAACUGAGCGUGCCCAAGGCCUUCUGAAUUAGAAGUCGACGGUGACAACCACGCCAACAAAAUACAAAAGAAGGCUGGGGAGGGGAAGACAAGAUAGGAUAAAGGAAAUAAUAACAACAAACGGAAUCUCUGCUUAAGCCUAAUCCACCCUCUACCUUAAAUUCCAAUUCCAAUUCCAAUUCCAACCGUAGCGCGAAUCGAAUCGGAGGCGUGGAUAAACGGGGUACUCCCGCAUCUUGCAUGUGCAUGUACAUUGUAUAUAUAACUAUGAAAUCCGAAUUGAAAAGCUUUUCCCUCUACUCUAAUCCUCUCUAUGUGUUCGUGGUAUCUCUAUCUUGACAGAACAGAACUGGAUAUGGAGCUCGUUCUUCUUUCAUUCUCCAAUAACAUAGGAGAUGGGGUGGCUCUUGCUUGUUUUCCGUUUGCCCCUUCCUUUGCUUCCUUCUUCUCCAGCUUUUUGCUUUUAAUCUGGUUCAAUCUCCUCUUUGUUGGUUGUUGGAUGUUUGCUGUGUGAUAUGUUGCAAUCUGUAUAUAUACGGUCAUAUCAGAAAGGAAAUAAAUUAAAAUU